GUUAGAGAGAGGGCUUAACUUGAGGGUUGGGAUAUGGAGAGAGAAAAACUUAUUAAUGUUCUACUGUUUCCAUGGAUAGCAAAAGGCCAUGUUACCCCUUAUCUCGAGCUAGCCAAGAAACUAUCCAAAAGAAAUUUUCAAGUCCACUUUUGUUCCUCCCCGAUCAUUCUUGAAUCGAUCAGGGAAAUCUUGGCAAAACAACACCCUGAUCUCUCUUCCUCAGUACAUCUUAUUGAACUCCACCUCCCCUCCUCGCCGGAGCUUCCACCUAACCAUCAUAUCACCUCUGUGCUGCCGCCCCAUCUUGCCAAAACCUUACAAAUGGCAUUUCAAAAGACAGAGAGAGCCUUCUGUGAAAUCAUUUCAACUCUAAAUCCCGACUUGCUCAUAUACGAUGGCUUCCAACCAUGGGCGGCUUCUCAAGCUUCAUCCCUCAACAUUCCCUCCAUUCAUCUCCUCACCACGGGAGCGGUAACUAUGACCCACUUUUUAUACUACCAUGUGAACGAGAGCCGGUCUGAGCUCCCAUUUCCCGCUAAUCAUUACCUAGAUCACGAGAUACAUAAAUAUAUAGAGCAAUAUAAAAACAUAGCCACAGAAGAAACUGUGGACAUUGCAGGGUUGUGCUUCAAAGCUCUCCAACAGUCUCACAGCAUCAUCUUGAUCAACACUUGUAGCGAGAUCGAGGCCAAGUACAUCGAUUAUCUCUCGCUUCUCACCAAGAAAGAGGUCCUCCCGAUCGGGCCCCUAAUCCGAGAGGAAAUGGACGAGGACGAACACGAGGAAAUAACAAAAUGGCUACAAGAGAAGAAAGAAUCCUCAUGCGUAUUGGCAUCAUUUGGAAGUGAGUAUUGCAUGACAAAGGGUGAAGUGGAAGAGAUAGCUCAUGGUUUAGAGCAGAGCAAAGUCAACUUCAUAUGGUCACUUAGAUUCCCGGUUGGUGUGAACAUGACUGUCGAGGACGCUGUACCACAAGGCUACCUUGAAAGGGUGAGAGACAAGGGAUUGGUGGUGGGAGGAUGGAUUCCACAGGGAAGGAUUUUGCGUGAUAAAAGAAUAUGCGCAUUUUUAAGUCAUUGCGGAUGGAACAGUGUGCUGGAGAGCUUGGCGUGUGGAGUCCCAAUCAUAGCUUUGCCAUUACAUCUUGACCAGCCCUUAAAUGCCAGACUGGUGGAGGAGAUUGGUGUUGGGGUAGAGGUGAUGAAAGGGGAGAACGGUGAGAUAAAUAGGGAGGAAGUGGCAAAAGCCUUGACAAAGUUUGUGAUGGAGGAGGACAGGAAAGCAUUAGCAACUUCAAUGGAGUGCAAAGCUAAAGAAUUGAGUAAGAUGAUGAGGUUGAGAGGUGAUAUAGUGAUUGAUGAUGCAAUUAAUAAGCUGCUCCGAAUUUGCAAAAAGAUGAUGUAAUAAUGAAAGAUUCUUCUUGUAUGAUGAACUAAUGAAGAUUGAAGAAUAAGCCUUUUAAUCUCAGAA